AAUUACAAGCACAUUACUACUUAGGCAGUUGGGCGGAAGAAAACUAUGACUGCGGCAGCUAUGGCGGCGGCGAAUCAGAACAAAGCCUUAACGAAUACUCGUUUCUCCGACCUCGAACCACGGCUGUCUGCGCCAGUUUUGGAAGCCCUAACCAACUCCGGCUUCGAGUUCUGCACUCCUGUUCAGGCCGCCACCAUACCCUUACUCUGCAGCUACAAGGAUGUAACCGUCGACGCCGCCACUGGCUCUGGUAAAACCCUAGCCUUCGUCUUACCUGUGGUUGAGAUCCUCCGUCGGUCCUCCUCCAAUCCCAAACCUCACAAGGUAAUGGGUAUAAUUAUAUCACCCACCAGGGAGUUGUCGUCACAAAUAUUUCACGUUGCUCAACCGUUCAUUUCCACAUUAGCAAAUGUUAGGCCUAUGCUUCUUGUUGGGGGACUAGAAGUAAAGGCAGAUAUCAGAAAGAUAGAGGAUGAAGGAGCAAAUUUGUUGAUCGGGACACCUGGGAGGCUAUAUGACAUAAUGGAGCGCAUGGAUAUACUGGACUUUCGGGAUCUUGAGAUCCUGAUAUUAGAUGAAGCUGAUAGGCUAUUAGGCAUGGGAUUCGAGAAGCAGCUAAAUUCAAUCAUUUCUCAUUUACCUAAGCUUCGUAGAACGGGUCUCUUCUCUGCUACGCAAACUGAGGCAGUUGAAGAACUAUCAAAGGCAGGAUUGAGAAAUCCUGUUAGGGUUGAAGUUCGGGCAGAAGCAAAACAGUUGAGCGGUUCUGCAUCUGGGAAUUCGACCUCGUCAAAAACACCUUCUGGCCUUCAUAUUGAGUAUCUUGAAUGCGAAGCGGACAAGAAAUCAUCGCAACUUGUACAUCUCAUAACGAAGAACAAGCCAAAAAAAAUUAUAAUUUAUUUCAUGACUUGUGCUUGUGUUGAUUAUUGGGGAACUGUUCUUCCACGUCUCUCUUGUCUGAAAAGUUUUUCGUUAAUCUCUCUUCAUGGAAAGAUGAAGCAGAGUGCAAGGGAGAAAGCACUAGCAUCAUUUACAGCUCUUUCCAGUGGUAUUCUUUUAUGCACAGAUGUAGCUGCACGUGGACUUGAUAUUGCAGGUGUUGAUUAUAUAAUACAGUAUGACCUUCCUCAGGAUGAUAAAAUGUUUAUACAUAGAGUAGGCCGAACAGCUAGGCUGGGCCGACAAGGUAGUGCUGUUGUUUUUCUAUUACCAAAGGAGGAAGCAUAUGUGGAGUUCUUGCGUAUAAAAGACGUUUUCUUAGAAGAGGGGGAAUGUGCCUCUGAUGCUCCUGAUAUUAUAGAUGAAAUACGGUCCGCAGCAAAGAAAGAUCGCGAUGUAAUGGAGAAAGGACUCAGAGCCUUUGUAUCAUACAUCCGUGCGUACAAAGAGCACCACUGCUCUUACAUUUUAAGGUGGAAGGAGCUUGAGAUUGGGAAGUUGGGCAUGGGAUAUGGUCUUUUGCAGCUUCCUUCUGUGCCUGACGUGAAGCAUCAUUCUCUUUCUACAAAGGGAUUUACUGCUGUUGAAGAUAUCAAGCUGGACGAGAUCAAGUAUAAGGACAAGUCCAGGGAGAAGCAAAGAAAGAAGAAUUUGCAAGCAAAAAAGGCUGCAAUGGCACAAGAAGUAGAACAGAAGACACAGAGACUUAAAAAAGAAUCAAAUUCUACAGCAUCUGCCAUGAGAAAGAAAACUGCCAAACAGAGACGUGCUACGCAGUUAGUUGAAGAUGAAGAUGAGAUCACAAGGGAGUACCGCUUAUUGAAAAAGCUAAAAAAGGGAGCUAUCGAUGAGAAUGAGUUUGCAAAAUUGACUGGGACUGAAGACUUGCUUUCUGACACAUGAUUUCCAUGGAGGCACAAAUUCUGCUGGUCACAAAUACAUUCAUAUGUGGUGGUUGCAGAUGUUAUACCAAUUAACUAGCAAAGAAAGGUAUGUCUGGUCGCCCAGAAACUGAAGUUGAUCAAGCAAAUAAUUUUGGAUAACAACCGCAAGCAUUCAUUAGUUGCCUAUGCCACCUUACAUUGGAUUGCAGAUCCAUGGAUGCGUGACCAAAUUUUGUACUACUUUUAUGAUGUGUUAUUAAUAUAAUAUGGUUUUUAUCUACUGUUCGUAUGAUAUAAUUUCUUUUUUGUUUUCCUGCUAAGUAGUAUUAAUUAAUUUAAUUGUUAUUGCGAUUUUUCAUUAAAAAGAAGUUUAUUUUUUUCUCAGAUUUGUUAUGACAUUCACACUUAAGAUUGUGUACAGUUUCCUUCAA